AUUAAUCUGGCAGCGAAGAGCGUUGGCUCGUACUGCGAUCACAAAUAUACUAACGGUCGUAUACGCUCAUGGGUGCACGGGAAUCCACGGGACGCAACACUGAAUCUGAAGAUACAGUCCCCGACUAUUAUGAACUGCUGGGCGUCGAGGAAUCGGCAAGCAGCGACGAGAUCAAGAAAGCCUUUCGAAAAUUGGCCCUGGUUCAUCAUCCUGACAAGAACAAAGAUGAUGUCGAAGGUGCUACCAACAGAUUCGCCGCUAUUCAGCAAGCAUAUGAGGUGUUGAGUGAUGACCAGGAAAGAGCCUGGUAUGACACUCACAAAGCAUCUCUGGCGCCAGAACCGGAUGCAGAGGCCGUCUUCGAAGACAUUCGAAAAGGCGCCCCACCUCCCCGCGCCCGCGGGAGGGGCCUGACUGUCAGACAUCUAGCUCAAUUUCUUGAUGCGACCGUAUGGUCAGGUUUUGACGACAGCGAGAAUAGCUUCUUCACAAUCUACCGCAAUCUCUUUACACGCUUGGCACAGGAGGAGAACCUCAUCUCUGAGAUCGAGUAUCCCAGCUUUGGCGAUGCCUCCUGGCCUUGGUCCAUACCUAAAUCCACAAAUGAGCCCGCUGCGCGCAAUUUUUAUAAUGCGUGGACUAACUUCGCGACUCUAAAGGAUUUCGUAUGGAUGGAACAGUGGAACCUUGCUGAGGCACCCGAUCGCCGAGUGCGACGGCUCAUGGAGAAAGAUAACAAAAAGGCCAGAGAUGAGGCGCGAAAGGAUUACAACGAUACUAUCAGACAACUGGCCAUUUUUAUUCGAAAGCGCGACCCGCGCUAUAAGGCUCAUCUCGCUGCACAAUCUCGGGCUAACAAAACUUUAGCCCAAGCCAAAGCUCCCACAUCUGGGUCCUCCACACCACGCCCCCAGCCCACCACGCCAUAUGUAGAGCAAGACUGGCAAAGAGGCGGUAUGGAUCAUGAUGCUGAUGCUGACCUCGAAUGGGCAGCGGGUGAAGGCAACGCAGAGGAAUGGGAGUGUGUCGCAUGCGGGAAGACAUUUCGUAGCGAAGCUGCGUGGGACAGCCACGAGCGUAGCAAGAAACACAUGCGGGAGAUCGAGAGACUGAAAAGGGAGAUGUGGCAAGAGGAGGAAGCAUUCGAGCAUGGUCCGGAAAAGGGAGAAAGCGACGAGAAUGAGGUGGAUGGAGAUUUCGAAAGCGAGUUUGUUCCUCCGCCCCCACCAACACCGCCAGAGCCGGUACUCGAAAACGGAGACGUAUACGAAGCCGGUCCAUCCACAGAGGAAUUCCCGGCUGAAGAAGACCAACGCGUGCACGAAAAGGGCAGAAAGAAAAAGUCCAAGCCCCAAACAAGACCGUCAGAUGAUGCGCCGGCACCCCCUACCCCGGCACCCAAAAGCGGGGAUGGUCCUCAGGGCGAAACAUCUUCUCAGCCUGAACUUUCAAAGAGGGACAAACGAAAGCUGCGGGAGGCGAAGAAGGCUGCCAAUGUCGAGGCAGAGCACAGCAUGGUUUGCAACGUGUGCAAAUCGCCCUUUGAGAGCCGCACGAAGCUAUUUACGCAUAUCCGUGAGACAGGACACGCACUUGCUGAAUCUGAAGAGCCGGCGCGAGGGAAGAAAGGGCGCAAGGGGCGAUAGCGAUUGAUUGACGAUGAAGAUCGCCAUCGUAUACCAGAUGGAACAUGAGUCAACGAAACACCUAUCAUUUCGGCACCCUAGAACUCGGACAAUGAUGUGCUAAGGCAUGAAAAUUGUGAACCACAUAGAUAUACAA